UCUUUAUCUCGGGUCCAAUCGGCACUUUGGCGAGGCGCAGCCUAUAAUGAAGUCAUUAGUCUCAGUCACGACCGAGCUGCGCGCCCGGCCGAGCAGCCUGCGCGCUGUUUAGCUGUCGCUUUAAGACCGAUUUCCCCCCAUUGUCAAACAGUCGUGAGCAGGAAGAGGGAAACGAAAGCAGACGCCGAGGGGGCCCCGACGUAUUUAAACACGAUGCUGCCGCACAAUAACGGCGCUUCGUGUGGAGGAGAGGAGCGCAGUUUGGAAAAAAGAGACGCACGGACGCGGAGAUCCGCGCAAGUGACCUUCUGAUCGGAUCGACGGUGUCCGGAUUGAACAGAGCAGCGGACAGUCAGGUGAAGUCGCCGCGGGAUGAGAAAACACACACAUUGGAAGUGUCACUGCCACUGGGUUUGCUGCCUCAGGAAAUGAUGACAGUGUCCUCCAUCAUCGCUUAGCAGCUCGGAGCGCACAUUUCUCCUCUUGCGGCCAUUUCGACUGGACUCAGUUGCCUUUUUGAUUCAACACACUCACACAGAAAAAAAAGGCUGUAGGCGGCAGGUUGGAGAGUGCUGGAGCAGGUGCAGCGCGUCUGUCCGCAGGCAGCUUCACAGGUAUCCGCUGAUCUGCUGGCUCCGGACUCGAAUAUCUAAUCUGGAUCCGACCGGACCUCACAUUGUAAGAAUGACAUCCACUAUAGAGAGGAAGACGCUGGAGGCCAAUGAGGAGCCGGUGGAUGAGGUCCUCCAGAUGCCGCCGUCUCUGCUGACGUGUGGCGGCUGUCAGCAGAGCAUCGGAGACAGAUUCUUCCUGAAGGCCAUCGAGCAGUACUGGCACGAGGACUGCCUGAGUUGCGACCUGUGCGGCUGCCGGCUGGGGGAGGUGGGCCGCCGGCUCUACUACAAGCUGGGAAGGAAAUUAUGUCGGAGAGAUUACCUCAGGCUGUUCGGUCAGGACGGUCUCUGUGCUUCCUGUGAAAAGAGGAUCCGAGCGUUUGAGAUGACAAUGCGUGUGCGGGACAAGGUUUACCAUCUGGAGUGUUUCAAGUGUGCAGCCUGCCAGAAGCACUUCUGUGUGGGUGAUCGCUACCUUCUCAUCAACUCUGACAUUGUGUGCGAGCAGGACAUCUUUGAGUGGACCAAGCUCAACAAUAACAAUAUGGUUUAGGUGAAUCUCUUGCUCAAGACAAUGGAGCUGCCUUUUCCCCCACUGGCUUUAAAGGGAACGGACCACUGAUUAACAGACUGUAACGCCUGCGCAGGGGUUAUCGUGCAUCUGAAAUUCAUAUGGAAUCAUUUUAACAUAAAAGGACAGGCUAGGUCUCUGCAGUUCUCCCUGCUAUUGAAGACUGCACCAGCAAUAACAGAUAGGUUUGCAUCUAAGGCUUCAUUCUUAAAAGCAAAAAAUUCUUAAAUACCUACACAUGCAAUAUAAGUCAUUUGUUAUACAUUGGAAUUUUAGAAAUGAACCAAAAGUAAACCUUUGUCAAGUUUCUCACACACUGGCUGCAUCACCUCAGUCUGGUCUGAAAUGUUCUAUAAGAUCAGUAACUAUACAUUUAUGUGUCUGUAAUACUUUCCUAUUACUAAUUAUGAGAAAAAUGUGAACUUUGUUAAAGGAACCCAUCCACGUAUAUCUAGAUAUUAAUGCUUUCUUUAUUCCUCACUGGAAUGUCAUUUUCUUUAUAUAUGUUGAAGUGUUGUUUGCCUGCAAACAAGUUUCACAUUGAAAUGUUGAGCUGACCUGCUGACUGUCUCUUUAAGUUGGGAAUUAACUGGAAUUUUUAAAUUAGAUGUUUACCACCUGUCUCUGUAUCCUACAUGAUUAUCCAGGAGACUUCUCUGGGAAAGCAGUGACAAUUUAUUAGGAAAUUAUGAAUGUGUAAAUGGACACAUUACCAUAUUUUCAUAUCAAAAAUGGAAAACAGUAUCCAUUUUAAAAAGUCCCGAUCAGAAUGAUUGUUCUGUAUUGCCAGGUUGAACUGGUGGCGCCCUCCUGUGGUGGAGGUAGCCCAUGCAAUACUUAUUUUACUGACUUUGAAGAAGUUUCCAGUGUCUCUUGUCAUUUUAACAACUCUUUGGACAUGUACCUGCGGCUUUUUGGAUAUUUGCCUGUCAGUUUAUUUAAUAAAUGACAAUUUAGAGAAACACUGACAA